CUUUUGUUUUCCCUUUUGAAAAACUUUUCUCUAGAUUUCCUCCUCUUUCUCUUCUCUCUCUCUCUCUCUCUCUCUCUCUCACUCUGGCUAGUAAGUCCUUUUGCUUCUCUCUCUCUUUUCUCCUUCUCUCAUUCUCUGUUCCUAUCUUUCUUUCUGUCCUUUCCAUAAUCUCCUUACACAUCAAUACCUUUAAUUUCAAUAUUCUUGCUAAUACCAUCAAUGCCUUCUAAAAAUGGGUAUCUGAAAUUGAUCUGUUUCUGAUCUUUUAGUAAAAAGAAAAAGAAGAAAGAGAUAAAGAAAUGGCCCCAAGGUCUGGGAGAGGCAAGUCAAAUAAAGCUAAGGGAGAGAAGAAAAAGAAAGAGGAUAAAGUGGUAGUGCCAAGCCUUCUUGACAUUACUGUAAUCACUCCAUAUGAUACUCAAGUUGUCCUCAGGGGAAUCUCCACUGACAGGAUACUUGAUGUGAAGAAGCUAUUGGCUGUGAAUGUAGAAACAUGUCACCUGACAAACUAUUCUUUAUCUCACGAGGUUAAAGGACAGAGAUUGAAUGACAGAGUAGAGAUUAUUACUCUGAAACCUUGUUUGCUCAGGAUGGUUGAAGAGGACUACACCGAGGAAGCCCAGGCCGUAGCUCAUGUCCGGAGGCUUCUGGACAUCGUGGCCUGCACCACCAGGUUCGCCAAGCCCAAGCGACCAUUACCAUCAACGCUGCCGUCUGAAUCAAAAUCCAAAAAAGCGAGCUUCGGUUCUAUUGGAAAUGGGCCCCACACAUCAACAUCGGCGUCCGUUUCUGCGGCGGCAUUGGACAGUAUGGACAUGGCGGCCAUUUACCCGACGCCAAAGCUCUCGGAAUUCUACGAAUUCUUCUCUUUCUCUCACCUCAAUCCUCCAAUCCUUAGUUUGAGGAGGUUUAACAGUAAGGAUGGAGAGGAGAGGGGCCAAGGAGACUACUUUGAAACUCAGAUUAAAAUCUGCAAUGGGAAGCUAAUACAUGUGGUUGCAUCAGAAAAGGGGUUUUAUACUGUGGGAAAGCAAUUUUCUCAGAGUCACUCCUUGGUGGAUCUUUUGCAAAAUCUGAGCCGAGCUUUUGCCAAUGCAUAUGAUUCCCUUAUGAAGGCUUUUGUAGAACAUAAUAAGUUUGGUAAUCUUCCCUGUGGAUUUCGGGCAAAUACAUGGCUUGUUCCUCCGCCUGUAGGUGAGUCUCCAUCAAACUUCCCAUCUCUACCUGCAGAAGAUGAGAGUUGGGGUGGCAAUGGUGGUGGACAAGGAAGAAAUGGUGAAUAUGAUCUUCGACCAUGGGCCUCAGACUUUGAAAUAUUGGCUAGGCUACCAUGCAAGAUUGAGGAGGAGAGAGUGACACGAGACCGAAAGGCCUUUUUGCUUCACAGCCAAUUUGUUGAUGUUGCAAUUUUUAAAGCUGCUAGAGCAAUACGCCGCCUCAUUGAUUCCAACAAAAAUGCAAAAGAAACAAUAAAUUUUAAUUCAGGCUCAAUUCUGUCUGAAGAUCGUGUGGGAGACUUGUCCAUUGUUGUAAAACGUGAUGUGGCUGAUGGAAGCAUGAAGUCUAGGGAAAAAGUUGAUGGCCAUAGAUUAUCUGGUGCCUCUGCUAAGGAAGUUGCUCAAAGGAAUUUGCUUAAAGGGCUAACUGCAGAUGAGAAUGUAGUUGUUCAUGAUACUUCUACACUGGGUAUUGUCAUUGUGAGACAUUGUGGGUACACUGCAACAGUAAGAGUUGUUGGUGAAGUGAAGAAGAGAAACGGUGAGGCACAAGAUAUUGAAAUCAAUGAUCAACCAGAUGGAGGGUCUAAUGCUCUUAACAUCAACAGCUUAAGGGUUGUGCUUUACCAGUCUUGUGUCAAGGAAUCAUCUGGAGGUCAGUCACCUCACCGCUCCUUCGAUGAUUCAGAAGCAUCUAGGUGUCUUGUUCGACAAGUACUUAAAGAGAGUUUGACCAAGUUGGAGGAGAUGCCUGUUGCUUCUGAAAGGUCCAUUAGAUGGGAACUGGGUUCAUGUUGGAUGCAACAUCUGCAAAAGCAGGGAACUCCAUCUGAUACUGAUUCUAAACGCUCUGAGGAGGAUACUGAGACCGAACAUGCUGUAAAAGGUCUUGGAAAGGAAUUUAAGUUCUUGAAGAAGAGGGAUAAAAAAACUAGUAUGAAUGGCACCCUUGAGAAGGAAGAAACUAAAACUGGCCCCUGCAGACUAAAUGUGGGCACUGAUAGACAGCAUAGCAAUGGAGACUCCAACAGUGAGAAUGAAUUGAAGGAAUUGAUUUCUGAAGAAGCGUUCUUCCGUCUGAAAGAAUCUGGAACUGGCCUUCAUUUAAAGUCAGUGGAUGAGCUUAUUCAAAUGGCAUAUGGAUAUUAUAAUGAAAUUGCUUUGCCAAAGCUGGUAACAGACUUUGGCUCACUAGAACUUUCCCCUGUUGAUGGACGUACACUGACUGACUUCAUGCAUUUAAGGGGACUACAGAUGUGCUCUCUGGGCAGGGUGGUCAAACUGGCAGAGAAGCUUCCUCAUAUACAAUCACUUUGUAUCCAUGAGAUGGUUACUAGAGCUUUCAAGCACAUAGUGAAAGCAGUUGUUGCAUCUGUGGAGAAUGUAGCAGACCUAUCGGCAGCCAUAGCUUCAUCCCUAAAUUUCUUACUUGGAUCAUGUAACAUGGAAGAUAAUGACCAAAAUAUGAAGGAUGAUUAUAUUCUCAAAUUGCAUUGGUUACAAACGUUUCUUUCUAGAAGAUUUGGUUGGACAUUAAAAGAUGAGUUUCUACACUUGAGAAAGUUAUCAAUUCUCCGAGGACUUUGCCAUAAGGUGGGGCUGGAGUUAGUUCCAAGAGAUUAUGAUAUGGAAUGCCCAAACCCUUUCAGGAAAUUUGACAUCAUCAGCGUUGUUCCUGUGUGUAAGCAUGUAGGAUGUUCUUCAGCAGACGGACGAAAUUUACUGGAGUCAUCCAAGAUUUCUCUUGAUAAAGGAAAGCUGGAGGAUGCUGUUAAUUAUGGAACAAAGGCACUAGCAAAGAUGAUAGCUGUAUGUGGUCCCUAUCAUCGGACUACUGCAAAUGCUUAUAGUCUUCUAGCUGUAGUUCUUUACCACACUGGAGACUUUAAUCAGGCAACUAUAUAUCAGCAAAAGGCUUUGGAUAUUAAUGAGAGGGAACUUGGGCUUGACCAUCCAGAUACAAUGAAAAGCUAUGGAGAUCUUUCUGUAUUUUAUUAUCGUCUUCAACAUAUUGAGUUGGCUUUGAAAUAUGUGAACCGUGCUUUGUUCCUUCUUCAUUUUACCUGUGGACUGUCUCAUCCUAAUACUGCUGCAACAUACAUCAACGUGGCUAUGAUGGAAGAGGGCAUGGGAAAUGUUCAUGUUGCUCUUAGAUUUCUGCAUGAAGCUCUAAAGUGCAAUCAGAGAUUAUUAGGAGUGGAUCACAUACAGACAGCUGCAAGCUACCAUGCGAUAGCCAUAGCUCUGUCAUUGAUGGAAGCAUAUUCGCUCAGUGUUCAGCAUGAGCAAACUACACUAAAGAUACUUCAAGUAAAACUGGGACCAGAGGAUCUUCGUACUCAGGAUGCUGCUGCAUGGCUUGAAUAUUUUGAAUCCAAGGCUCUAGAGCAGCAAGAAGCAGCACGAAAUGGAACUCCAAAGCCAGAUGCAUCUAUUGCAAGCAAAGGUCACCUUAGUGUAUCAGAUCUCUUGGAUUACAUCAGUCCUGAUCAAGAUUCUAGAGGAAGUGAUGCACAGAAGAAACAGCGGCGUGUGAAGGUAUUGCAGAUCAAUGAUAAAGCCCAUCAAGGCCAUCAAAAUGAAAUGGUUGAAGAUGCCAUGCUCCAUGAAAGAUUGGAAAAUGCAAUGUCUUUGGCCACUGGCAACAAAGAAGUAAAGGUAGACAGGGUUCAAUAUGAAAAAUCAGAAGAAAAAGAUAAUGUUGUGAUAUACAGGCCCACAGUUGCAGUUGAAGUUGUUGAAGAAACAGCAUCAGAUGAAGGUUGGCUAGAAGCCAAUCCAAAAGGGAGGUUGGGGAAUGCUGCUGGCAGGAAACAAGGUCGUAGGCGACCUGCUCUUGCAAAGCUGAAUAUAAAUGGUUCUGAAUACUCAAAUAUCAGAGAAAGCAGCUACAGGAGGGAAAUCAUUUCGCCAGCUCAAAAAACAAUUCCCAGGACCGUUACAACUGAAUUAUCAGCAACAAAGCAAUCAAAUACACGUGGGUUGAGUGUUGUGGAGGAUUCAAUUAAACUGCAGGAAAAAUCUUGUGUGCCUAAAACGUCAUGUUCUUCAGCAAACCUCUCUGCUAUGGCUUCUAAAUCUGUAUCUUACAAAGAAGUGGCUGUUGCACCGCCAGGUACAGUUUUGAAGCCAUUAAUGGAGCCACCAGAAGAAUCAAAUGAGAAAGAACCUGAAACCCAGACAUGCAGCAUUGCAAAUGAGACAUCAAUGGAGGAAAUCUAUACUACUUCUGUUGUUGAUAAUGUACCAGAUGAUGGUGAAACAGAUGAAAAUCAUGAUCAUGGAACUCAAUCAGAAAAAUCUAGAUCUGAACAUGAUGAGAUUCCUACUUCUAAUCAGGAAAAGUCAGAUGAAACAAAUGGAAGUAAGCUUUCUGCUGCAGCUGAACCAUUCAAUCCAGGAGCACUCUCUGUAGUUCACACAUUAAACUCGGUGUCUGGGACAAGCAUUUAUGAUGUAAGAGCUAGUCAAAGCAUGCUUGCAGAUGCAGCGGCACCUCCACUUGCUGCUAGAGUUCCUUGUGGACCUAGAUCACCACUGUACUAUAGAAAUACAAUAUCAUACCGCAUGAAACAAGGUUUGCUGAAAUAUCAAACUCCCAUGACAAUGCCUUCUAGGAGCAUGAAUCCACAUGCACCUGAGUUUGUACCCAGGAAAGCUUGGCAAACAUAUCCUGGAAAUAGAGAUUUAAAUGUUCCAAAUGAGUCAAACUAUAUGCUUGAAAAGAGCAAGGCAGAACAGGAGAUAUUAAACGAGGAAUCCAGCAAUAGAGUCGAAGAUGGUAGUCCAAGAAAGACCGGCUGUGAGUAUGAGAAGGCGGAACUUGCAAGGCAAAUAAUUCUAAGCUUUAUUGUGAAUUCAGUUCAGCACAAUGUUGAUUCUGGAAGUGAGCCUGUACUCGGCGAGAAGAAGUUUGAAAGUCCUUCGGAUGCAAUUGCCAAUGACAGUGCAAUUAUAAAAGUCCUCUAUGGAGACGAAGAAAAGACAGACCAGGUUACUCAGUCAAAUGAACAUGAGCAGUCAAAAGCAAUAGAUGAAAAUAAUAAGAAAAAUGAAGAUGGUGAAGGUUUUAUUGUUGUUAGAAAUCGGAGACGAAACAAGCAGUUCACAAAUGGGGUAACCGGGUUGUACAAUCAACAAUCAAUCUGUGCUUCUGUUCGUUGAAGAUAGAGACAAAAAAAAAAAAGAAGAAGAAUAAGCAGAUGUGAAAAAAAAAAGGUGUUGUCCUUGUUAUGCUGUUCUUGUGAUCUGACAAAGCUCUUCGCAUCACCUUAUGACACAAUAGAAAAGAUGGAAGGACAAUGUAGAAGUAAAGUUCUUAUCAUAAUUUGUAUUUAAUUUUAUUGGUUUUCAUUCCAUCUGAGUACAUUGUAAUAAUCUCUGUAAAAAUCUCAAUUUUCUCUUGUUCAGAGAUUUUGUUUGAUCAAUAAAAGGCUAAUCGCUAAGUUCCAUGA